AUGGCUGGGAAUCUCUUCGUGCUGUUUGCGUCCGUCGCCGCCUUCAGCCCACGCCACUGGCCCUCCCGCUCUGGCCGCACCCGGCACGCCAUUCCCGCCGCCGACGGCUCCGCCGACGAGGGAUUGCCCGAGCUGCAGCGUUGCGUCCUCGUCGCCGAGCUGGAGUGCCGCGCCAAGCAGUGCGUUGUGGACGGGGACCUGGCGGGCGAGGCCGCCUCUUACCGCGAGCUGCUGAGCCUCGAGCCUCCGACCGCACCGUGGCUCUCCGCGGCCACCAGCGCGCGGCGCGGGCUGCAGGAGCUGCUGCUGCAGAGCGCGCAGCGGGAGCUCGAGCAGUGCGGAGAGGAGGGGUGCCGGCCCGACCCUGGCCAGUUCGGAGACCACCUGGGGCCGCUCAUCCAGCAGGCGAGGCGCGCCGGCGAGGAGGUGCGGCAGACGCUCGCCUCGCGCUCGCUCGACGACGUUGAUCGCAUCCGCUCGCUCGUCGCGCGCGUCAACCCUCAGCUCGUGGCGAGGCUGGUGACGCAGGCCAAGGACAACCGCGGCAAGGGGCGGCCAGAGUCGCUCGCGCUUGACGACGUCGGCUUCACUUGA